AUGGAUCCAAAUGAACCGUUUCUCCAGGACGCGCACAGCAGCAAAUUUGCUGUGUUUUGGGUCGACAUGGACGGGUGCGACGAGGUUCUGAACGACGAUUUUGAGUUCGAGCAGCUCAUUCGCACGCUACCGCUCACUCUACAAGCAAAAAUCCUAAAACGGAGGAACAAGACAGACAGACACUGCGGACUUGUUGGUGCGCUUUUGACACGUUAUGCGGUGUGGGGGUCUGAGAAGAGUCUUAAGAAGUGGAACGAUCUGGAAUUCGGAACAGGCGAGCUCGGCAAACCGUUUGUGAAAAAUCGACCGUACAAGUUCAACCAUUCCGACGAGCACAAACUGGUGGCCGUCGCGGUCGAUUUUACGGGAUCCUCCGAGGUGGGGGUCGAUCUCGCAAACCCAGAGGACGUGGGCGAUCCAAACAAGUUCGUGGGCGAGUUCGAGGCGAUAUUCACGGAAUCCGAACUGGCAGAGGUAACGUCAUCGGUAUUCGGACUCAGUGAACAGGCUGCCAAACAGCAUCUUUCUUUGUAUUGGGCAUUGAAAGAGAGCUAUUCGAAAUAUAAAGGGGUGGGGCUCCAUCACGAAUUGAAAUCUUACGAAUUCCGGAAUGUGAGCCCUGUCAAACCCUAUCCCCAGUCGACCGAGUUUAAUGGCCAACAUGCCGUCUACAUGCUACUGCCCCAUAACACCAUUUGUAGCGUGGUUUCAGAUAUCCGCCAAAUUCCAAACUUUGUCCAGAUCCACGGAGCCGAGUUGUUGCAUUACAUAAUUCACAACAUUUGCUCGCCCCCACAGCUGUCUCAAAAAUUGUGUAUAUAA